GGCAUACAUCAUACAAUGCAAUACAACGAGUCUCUCUCCCAGCUGUGGUCGUGUGGGAAGAAGCACCACGCUCAAAUCUUUGCUCUGGUCGGUCUCGUGUUUGCCAUAUGAUCUACUUACGGAUCCGUUGAUGAGCUGCGCCGCUGCAUGAUUCGCAAACGGGAUGCUCAUUCGCGUGCCUCGGUUAUGCGAGCGAGUCAGUAUACGCCCCAUCCGCAGCCGCCUUGCAGCGGCAUACUUACACCGGAACACCUUGCGAUUGGCAUCAGGUAGCUCGACCCGGCCUACCCAAUGUUUGCUCCCUGGACGUUGCCCCUCGCGUUCGUUUUGUCCGCGUGUGCCACCCAGACGGUCCUGAAUCACAACGGCCCGGAUACCUUGAAGUUGAUCACCCCCGAGCUCUCCGACUGGAUCGAUAGUCAGCUCGAAGGGCACAGGGCCGGGCUUACUCUCGGGAUAGUCAGAAUCGGCGGAGAGUAUGAUCAGUCCGAGUUCGAGUUCGGUGCAUGGGGCAACAAGACCGAACACGGCGACAAAGCAGACCCGCACACGCUUUUCAAUAUCGGAUCGUGCUCGAAAGCCUUCCUGGGCGCCUCGAUCGGCUUGCUGAUCGACGACUUCGCGGCCGGUCGAAACGUGACGGCGCUCCCAGACGGCGUCGCGCGCUUAACAUGGGACACGAAGAUGAAGGGUCUCUUUCCGGAUGACUGGCAGCUCGCGGAUCCCUUGGCGACGUCGGAGGCGACUAUCAAGGACCUCCUGACCCAUGUUACGGGUUUACCCAGGCAUGACAACAUGUACGCUCCCUCGGAGUCGCCGUUGGAUAUCGUACGAAAGCUCAGACACCUACGUCCCACCCGCGAACUCCGUCAGCAAUAUCAUUAUAAUAAUGCGAUGUAUAUCACCGGCUCGCACAUCGUGGAAACGUUGUCGGGGAUGUCUUACGAAGACUACGUCGCAUCCCGCAUCUUUGGGCCAUUGAAUAUGGAUGUCACUACAUUCUUCCCGUCCCGGGCCGAUCCUACGCACCUGUCUCACUGCUGGACAGAAGGCGGCCGCAGAGUCCCGUUCCCUUUCGAUGAUCAGGGUGCAAAGUUGAUAGCGGGCGCAGGAGGGGUCAUCUCCAGCGUCACCGACAUGACAAAAUGGCUUGAGAUGCUGCUACGCGAGGGACUCGGUCCAUCGGCCAACGUCACAGUCAUUCCUCAAGAUAUCUUCGAGGAUCUUACCACUGCAUAUGUCGUUAUCAACGGGAGAGGUUCGGUCACCCGGUCCAUCCAGGGCUAUGGAUUGGGGUGGACCCGAUUCUCAUAUAGAGGGCACGAUGUUUUGCAACACGCCGGCAAUUUAAGGGCAUUCAAUGCCUACGUCGUGGUCGUACCAUCGCUGGGACUCGGCGCGGUCAACUUCGUCAAUGCUGAGGACCUAGACUGGCUCAAUGAUGCGGUCGUUCUCCGCGUGAUCGAUAAGCUACUGGGCCCAGAGACAGAGACGUCCGCUAGACUACUGACGUCGUCAGCGUCAAAUCCGGUCUGGUCCCGGCCGGCGACUGAUGGCGAUGGAAAUUCCGCUCAUCCUCUGUCCAAGUUUGCCGGAACAUACGAAAACCUAGGAUAUGGUCGGAUCGCACUCUGCGCGCCUGCCAGCGAGUCGACGUAUUGCAGCGAAGUGAGGCACACGUUCGAUGCGGUGGAUUCCGCGAAUACCUCCUCCAAGCGCUCGGAGUAUCAGCUCGUUGCCGCCCUCAAGCGGGCUCGAACCACACAUGCCCACAUGGCCCCAUCACCCAUACUCCGCCCUGAGUGGAUCCAUCACAGAAACAUGACCUUCGCCUUAUUCAUGACGGAGCUUUUCACCGAGGGCUAUGGAGCCGACACCAGACCAUUCGAAUUCCCGGUGACGGAGCGCAUCCCGAUCCUCGUUGAGUUCGCGGCGGCGAGCGACAGAAUUCUGGGUUUCGGAUAUUUCGAUUACAAUGAUGGCCUUGUUUUGCGAAAGGGGACUGCCAAGCAAAGGGCCUAUACUUGGUUUGACAGAAUUGACGGCGACUCAUAGGUAUCGGAAGCAGCAAAAUUGCGAGGGUAAUGUCUCUAUGACC